UGUGCGAAAUCUGGCAACGCAGUGCCAAACCACCAGCAACUAGGAGAAAUACACGAACACUUCGCAGUUAACGAAAAUUAAAAUCUUGAGCUUAAAAUCGGUGUGGUUUUGUGUAAAAUAUAUUUUAAUACUAUGUGUUGAUUAAAUGUUAGUGUUAUUGUGCGGGUUUAUAUAUUUUAGCCGCUGAAAUGUUAUUUUUUUUGUUGAUGUUCAAAUAGUUUAAUAUAGUGUUACCUCCCUUUUUGAGAGACGGAUAUUUUUGUUUGUUAUUUAGAAAGAUUUAUUAUUGUAAUUCAAAAUGUUGAUUCGUUGGAAAAAUAAGGAUAAGGAUAAAUGUGACAAGGCCAAUCAGAAACAGGCUUCUUCGAAUAGUUUAAAGAAGAAACGGAAAUAUGGCAGGGACGGAGGUAAUGAGGAGGGGUGGAACUCGGAUAGCAAGAGCAAAACGAUGUCUUCUAAUGAAGCCAGGUUAGAGAAAGAUGAACUAAGAAGCCGAGGAAGAAACGUCAGAAGAGAGGACCCAAGGAGACACACCCUUGGUGGUGAUCAGCAUUAUUUAACCAUGGCGGGGCAAGGGGGUCCUCUAUCCAGAACCAUGGAUCUAGAGGGCCAGCCUCGAGGUUAUGGUCUCCACUCCAACGCCAUGUUAUUCGACGAUGACCCAGGUAUAAUGUCCGAAGUCGAAACGAGUUCCACAGGGUUCAGACGUGGAGGAAAACAGAGAAGUUCUCUACCAGUUGUAAGAACGCCCAGUAAAACAUUGGAGAGACCACUAGGUUUGGUAUUUUUACAAUAUCGCAAUGAAACGAAGCGAGCUUUACUACCAAACGAAAUUACUUCAAUCGACACUGUCAAAGCUUUAUUCGUACGAUCUUUUCCGAAACAGCUCACCAUGGAGUAUUUGGAUUCUCCUAAUGUUAAGAUUUACAUACACGACUCUUCCAAGGAUAUGUUCUACGAGCUGGAAGACCUAAGGUCUCACUUGCGUGAGAUCAGGGACCGCUCAGUUCUAAGACUAUUUGAGUCAGCUGAUGUAUCAGGAGGAUUGCCAAUGGCAGGAAUAGGGAUAGCAGGAGGAGUGGGACAUUUUGAGGACCCGAGUUACUUCUCAGAACCAGAAUUCGAUUCAGAAUAUCAACACCAACACAUCCACAAAAGCAAGGGUAGUGGCAAGGGUAACGUACCCUAUUACAUGGGUUCGACUGCCAGCUUGACAAGAGGCUCGACUUUACUACGAACUUAUUCACCGGCUAUAGCAAACGCACCGCAAGAUAGACUCAAACCUUUACCGACUGAUGGUUAUAUGUCUUCACCGGAACGGAGCUCUAGAUACGAGGAUCCUUAUUAUAGUCAGUAUACAAGCAGAUCUGGUUCAAUUACACCAGUCAUUGAUGAAGAAGUCAGUGAUACUGAACUUUUGGAUGACUCAUACUCCCUCUACGGCGUCAAGUUACCGCCAGGGGCGCCGAGAACGGCGGGGCGACCGUCGUUCCCCGCCCCUGCUGGAGUGCCAUACGAUCAAACCAGAAAAAUCUAUCAAAACAGAUUGCGCGUAGAGAAUAUGGAAAGACAGCUGGCCAAUUUGACAGGUUUGGUGCAAAAGGCGCUAACGCAACCGGCUCCGCACAUACAAAUACGGGAUGAUGGAUACAAAUCAGCUGACGAUUCUUAUCUGCGAACCGAUAGUAAAGCCCCUAAGCUGGGUAAAAGCGGAUGUCAUAAAUCGGUUUCAUUUGAAAAAUCAGUAUCAUUUAGUGAUGAACCUCCCGACAUGAAUUCACCCAAACAACACAGUCCGCAGCAUGCAGAACGAGACAGGCUCAAACCAGCCCCGGUGCAACAAAAGUGCGCCCUUUCACCAAGUCAGUACGAUAACAGAAUAUACAGGGACCUAUUGUUAACUCCAGAAAUGUACAACCAGUUCAGAGGACUUCAAAAAAAAGCCAAGGACUUAAGAGUGGAAGUGAAAAAUUUGCGCCGAAUGUCACAAGCACAAGCCCAUUCGGUCAAAGAAACAAUCAGAGAUGCCUUCAUCAAGAUUAGGGCUAUGCUUAUUGUUGGAGGAGACCAAAUAUGGCAAACAGGGUUGGACCAGGAUCGGAUUAAGCUGACAAGGGAUGAGGAUUUAUACAAGCAGGAAAUGUUGCGACUCGAGAACGAUUUAAGCGAUUUGGAAACGACCGUAGAAGAGCUCAGAAGUAACGUAAUCAAUCGAAAAACCAGGGUAAACAUGUCAGAUGUGGAGAAUAUGGCGCUAGUACUCAGCAAAAGUUCAAAAACCGUAGCAGAUCUGAAACUAAGAUUCCCUGGAUUACAAGAUGGAAUGAAGACUUUUUUGAAUGCGGAAAUGGAAAAAGUUAUGCGGGAAGAAAAAUUUCUCAAGGAGGAACCAGAAAGGCUUGAAAGUGCACUAAGGCGUUGCAAAAAAUUGACAGGAACUCUUGUUACUUUAAAACGGUUGGCAAGCGUGCAAGAGCAACGAUUGCCGUGUCCUAAUUCGUCGAACGAUGAAGCAGUGUCGCCAACCCCAGAAACACCCAUAACCCCCACUUCAGGUUCAUCGCAAAGCAAGUGUCCCCUCGGCAGCACCACAGAUCUGGGAGCGUUCGGUAUCGGGGGAGGCUCUGAUUCAGGCGCCUCAGACCAUAACCAACGUCCGGAGAACGCACUCGACGCUCUGCUAGACGAGCUGCAAACUUUCGCCAAACCCCACCCGAAACCGCAAAACGGCAACCCCGCGAUCCCCGAGCUGGGCCGAAGCGGCAGCAUCGACUCCUCGACCGGCAACACCGCAAACACGUUAACUGUCAACACGUUGAGCGGCGGAGGGGGUUUGAGACGUCUGCAUUCCUAUCCGAGCGGGUCGGAUACGGAUAACAGUCCCCCUAUACAACCCAUGGUGAAGUUACCGCAGAAAAAUACUCAGAAACCACCCUUACCGGAACGAACCACUAGCGAGUUAUCCACGAAGAGAGUCCCCCCUCCUCCCCCUCCAAGAACAAGCUCGAAAUCCCCUCUAGCCUCCCCGACGUCCCCUGUAUUACCCCCACGCGCCCCUCUAUCAUCCGGCUUAAUGCAUAUACAGAACGUACAAAACAUCGUGGAAAAUAGUAACAAACCUCAAUCUCAGUUCGAGCAAGCGACACAAAACCUGGGCUUACACACGUUGCGACGCAACCUAGCCAAAAAGAAGGAAACCAUGAACAAAGACAAAUCGCAGACGCUCCCCAGAAACAUCGGAGGUACCAACUUUCAAAUCCAAACUGCCCCCACGGAGGCAGACUUGAACAUCAGCACGAGCAGCAGUUGUGAGAGCAUCAACUCGCAAGACGGCUCCAAAAAAAACCGCACUGAAGAGUUGGAACAACGUCAUCAAGAACUACUCAAAAAACAAAAAGCUCUGCAAGAGCAAUACGCAAGACUGCAGUCCCUACAAAGAGGGACCAACACCAUAGCGUUUGUACCUCCCGCUCCCAACGAUCUAAUGCUGAAGAAAACCGGCAGCGAGUCGAAUUUGCUGCAAAAAAUGGGCCUACAGAUGUCAGCACAAGUCAUAACAGGGUCCCUGACAAACCUACCCAACACCACAUCCCUGAGCAAAAGUUUAACCACCCCCAACAGCAAUGAAAAAGAUGCAACACAAAAAUCAUACGAAACGGAUAUUCUAUGACCUAUUACAACGUUUUUUAUUGUGAUGUACACCAGUCGUUUUGGAUUUCUCCAUGGGUUUUUAAGCCCGAAGGGCUUAGAUUACUAAAUUCUCUACUAAAAAUGUAAUGGGCACUGUUAUUGCUUAUAAUCUUUCUUAUAGAGAAUUUUAUAAUCUACAAUUUUUAUCAUUGCAAAUUUUACCCCAAAACCAAUAGAAAGGAAGAUAAAUACCAUUAUAACAAUGUUUCCUUGUAGGCAACGCCAUCUUUAGGGAUUUUUUACAAGUUCUUUUAAGGGACAAAAAGUGACUAUUCCAUUAAAACCCAUAUCAUACCUACGCAUUGUAUUUUUUCGAGUCUCAAUGUAUAUAGGACAUUACAAAAAGUAUUACACGUAAAAUUGUGAGAUGUUUUAAUAAAAGCUCACCAUUUAAAUGGAUGGUUUAUAUUCGCGCACAC